UACAGACCCCAUGGUACUGCUGUAGGGGCAACAGUUAGGAGUGGGCAGACUGUUGUUGAACAGAGAUGUAAUGAAGCACAAUUUUGGAUAUGCUUACUGUCUAGCUUCCUCUUGAGAAAAGACAUCGCCUCUGUAUAAUAGAAGUUUGAUUUUAUCUUACUCGGGAUUUCCAAAACUCCAAGUUCCCUUUUUGGAGAGAAAUAAAAAGAGCCAUUCGGACUGCAAUUGCUUACAGCAGCUAAGAGAAGCCAAGAUGAAGAGCCUGGCUACAGUACUGGUAAUAGCUCUGCUUGUCAAGAACCUGAUUGUCCUGGAGGGUCUGCCUUUGGAAAGCCUUCUCACUUACCACAGAUGCAAGUGCCUCAAAGAGACCUCAAAUAUCAUCAGACUUACAAGCAUUCUUUCCAUCAAUGUGAUGCCUCCAGGGAUUCAUUGCAGAAAGAAGGAGAUAAUACUCACAUUGAAGGGGGACAAGAAAGUCUGUGUGAAUCCUAGUGCCCCAUGGAUCCAGGCAUUGUUGCAACACCUGACCCAAAGGAAAGCCCUCCAAAACAGUUCAAAACAAGUCAUGUAUGCAUUCUGACCAGGAAAGCCGAUACAGAAGAAGCACUCUUGCUAAAAGGGACUGAUAAGCCUCCUUUGGAGAGUAACAUUUAAAACAGGGGUGGGCAAUUAUUUUGGGCAGAGGGCUGCUUACUGAGUUUCGGCAAGCCAUCGAGGGCCACAUGACACGCAGCCAGGGGCAGAUUAAUAUUAUUUUUUUAAAUUUUUAGGGGCCCCACAGGCCAGGUAGAAUGGCUUAGGGGGGCCGCAUCUGGCCCCCGGGCUGCAUUUUGCCCACCCCUGAUUUAAAAGGGUUCCCAGCUAUUUCUGCUUCAUCAUUAUGCUAUUGUUUAACUUGAGUAAGCAUGUUUAAAGGCUGGAGUUUGAAACUCUGUAGUUAUUAGUUGUUGCCCUUUUUGACAUCAGAGGAAGGAGCAGGGGCUGACACCUCUUACUGCAGCAACAACAAUGGGGAGUUCUGUCUUGUGAAUGCUAAUUAGUCCUUUUGGAAUAAGGAUUGUGAAGAGCUUAUCUUUCACAUGUCACAAGGAGGAAUCUCCCUAUUCCUGCAUGCAUUAAUUAGGAGAUAUUCCAUGGUACCUUACAAGAUAGGGUAGAGCUCAUCUUCCUCAUGUCUGCAUGAUUGGAUCACUCUCCCUUUCUACUGUUCAUACUCUUUAAAGCUCUAUGUCACUGUGCUUGUCUCUACACCCACCCUUCAACUCUACCCAACAUUUCCAUCUGCUUGUAAGCAUCUUAAACCCUUGCUUGCAUUCCUUCUUCCACAUAGCUCCCUAUACAUGGUCUGCCUUCACCAUGUCCAGCUGCAAGAUCUUAGGCUUGCUAUUUUACAUCCUUCUUAAAGAAUGACUUCUGCUAUGCUGCUGGUAAUAGAGAAGAGCUCCUUUCUGGUCUGUCUGAAGGCAUGCUAUAAGCUGUGUGUGAGAGGGAUGUGGGCAUUAGCCUGAGGCACUGUCAAUGCUACUGUAUGCAAAUAGCAUGGUGACAUGUCUUACUGAAGCAAUCAUUCGAGUGUGAGGCUGUGUCUACAUUACAGGGCUGCUGCCGUUUUAAUUACAGAGGCCACAUUAAAGUGGUCAGGCCCCUAGGUGCAGAUGCAGCUCUGCCCACAAAAGGAGUUUCUCUCUGCUCAGAAUGACAGAAGCUUGGCUGAAAGAAACCUCCUUCUGCUGUCAGAACCUGAUCCACAUGGGGGUGAGAGGGUUGCCUGCAUGAUUAUGCUGAAAACAGGAUGUGAUCUUUCCACACCCCCAACCCAGUUGACGUGAAUCUGCUGGAAGACCUUUGCAAUGUAGGCAAAGGCUUAGGGAGUUAAAGAUAUCUAUGAGAGAGCCCAUUUUCAGGCCACAUGAUUUAUCCAGAUAACACAAACCCCCACACACAGACACAUCUGCAAUCUACUGGGUGAUCAAUAGAUUAAUUGUCUAAAUCACUGGACAAAGCAGGGAUAAAAAGAGAGGAAUCCAGAACUAAUUACCCUCAGGGAUCCUUAUCUAAAGUCCAGGAAUUUUUCUCAAUUGUGGAAUUAGAAAGGAAAAACAUGUUACUUUAGACCAAAGAGACUUCAGUCUUCCUAUUCUUCAGACCACCUCACAAGACAUAGUCUUUUAUGGACCAAUGGUUUUGCCCGUCUUCUCACUGUUCACACAGAUAUGCAAAGCUUGGUUCAAGUAAUGCCAUUUGGUGCACAAUCAGGUAGGAAUCCACCAAGUAUGAACAUCCACACCUGUCAGCCCCUGUUAUUAAGGAGUAGUUGUUUGACUUUGUGCUACUUCUUGCCCUGGCUCAUACAUGCCAGAUGAAAGUGAGAGGCUCUAGCAGAAGACAGAAUUAUUUCUGGAACAACUCACUGCUUUGCACUACAGAAAGUUAGUUCUGUCCUUUUUCUGUUUUUUCUUUUGCUCUUAUUUUACAGCAGUAUCUUCAAACUCCAGCCAGUACCAGGGCCCAUUGGCACUAAGUGUGGUACAAAGAUCAUUUUGAGCUCUGUGCUAUCUAAAUAGAUGAGACAAAGGAUGUUAAGCAGGUAAGGGAAGAUGCACUGCAGGUCAGUGCUAGAACGGUUCUAGAGUGGUUCUAGAAACAGGUGUCCUGACCCUGAAUCCAGCCCUAAGCAAGAACAAAUCCAAUUGAAUGCAUCUGUUGUGCUACCUAAGCCUGAAUAAACAGAAACCUGCUUAGGACUUUGUACCACUGUAGAGCUGGAUUUGCUAAAAUUUAGUUCACAAAGCAUUGUAUUGUUAUGAUUAUGCUGUCAUUAAUGCAAAGAUAAAGACUGGCUUCUUGUUUCCAGCAAGAGAGUCACCAUUGCUGUCCUGUAUUCUGAUUGUGUACAUUACUCAAUAAAGUGAUUGAUAUG